AUGGAAGAGCUAAGACUCAUGUACAAGAGUCAGGCAGUAACUUUAAAAGCCUUGGAGACACAAGUCGGUCAGUUGGCUAACGCUUUAUUAAGCAGACCACAGGGGAAUCUCCCUAGUGAUACAGAGGUACCAGGUAAGAGGGACCCUAAAGAGCAAGUCCAAUCCAUUACGCUGAGAUCGGGAAAAACUACAACAGGGUCUACCUCAACAUCAGUACAAGAUCAAGGUGAUGAACCGCAAGAAAUUCCAACAGAACUUCCUUCGAACACAAUUGGCAUCAACACUACUGUUGAAAAGGAUAAGGCUAGUCCUGCAGCUGCUCCGAUGUCAAAACCAGUAUAUCCACCACCUCCAUUUCCUAGGAGGUUAAAAAAACAGCAGCUGGAUAAACAAUUUGGUAAAUUCCUAGAAGUAUUUAAAAAGCUUCACAUCAACAUUCCGUUUGCUGAAGCACUCGAGCAAAUGCCUAGCUACGCCAAAUUCAUGAAGGGUAUUCUUUCGAAAAAGCUAAAGCUCGAAGAGUUAGAGACAGUGGCUUUAACAGAGGAAUGUAGUGCUGUGCUUCAACAGAAAUUACCACCUAAGCUGAAAGACCCGGGAAGCUUUACUAUCCCUUGCACUAUUGGGAAGUUCUCUUUUGAUAAGUGUCUGUGCGAUUUGGGAGCUAGCAUCAACCUGAUGCCUCUAUCGAUCUUCACACAACUUGGCCUGCCAGAGCUCAAGCCGACAAACAUGUCUUUGCAGCUAGCUGAUCGUUCGAUCACAUAUCCGAGGGGUAUAAUUGAAGAUGUGCUGGUCAAGGUUGAUAAAUUAAUAUUCCCAGCCGACUUUGUGAUUCUUGAUUUUGAAGAAGACAAAAGAAUUCCUAUCAUCUUGGGCAGACCCUUUUUAGCCACCGGACAAACCUUGAUCGAUGUACAAAAAGGGGAACUUACAAUGAAAAUACAAGAUCAGACGGUCACGUUCAACAAAGGAGGCAUGACAGUAGUAGCCAACGAAAAAGGGGAACUCAUCUCAACUCGAACUGUCACCGGUUGGAGGAUUUGCAUGGACUACAGAAAGCUGAAUAAAGCUACAAGAAAGGAUCACUUCCCUCUGCCUUUUAUUGAUCAGAUGCUUGACAGGUUGGCUGGCCAUGAGUUCUAUUGUCUGUUAGAUGGGUAUUCUGGCUAUAAUCAGAUUGCUAUUUCUCCGGAGGAUCAAGAAAAGACAACCUUUACAUGCCCUUAUGGUACUUUCGCAUUCCGAAGAGUACCUUUUGGCUUAUGUGGUGCACCAGCCACGUUUCAAAGGUGCAUGAUGGCAAUAUUCUCAGAGAUGAUCGGCAUCAAUGUGGAGGUAUUCAUGGACGACUUUUCUGUAUUUGGAACAUCUUAUGACGAAUGCCUCACGAAUCUGAGAAUGGUUCUUGAGCGCUGUGUGGAAACUAAUCUGAUUCUCAAUUGGGAAAAAUGCCAUUUUAUGGUGCAAGAAGGAAUCAUUUUAGGUUUCUAUCGAAGGUUCAUCAAGGACUUCUCAAAAAUUUCUAAACCUCUUUGCAAUCUGCUAGAGAAAGACAUCCCAUUCAAAUUUGAUGAAAAGUGCUUGGAAGCAUUUGAAAUUUUGAAAAAGAAGUUGACAUCAACACCUAUCAUUACUGCACCUGAUUGGAGUAAACCAUUUGAAUUAAUGUGUGAUGCCAGCGAUUAUGCUGUAGGAGCGGUACUGGGCCAGCGUACAAGUAAUGUGUUUCAUGUUAUCUAUUAUGCCAGCAAAACAUUAAAUGAUGCACAAUUGAACUACACUACUACUGAAAAAGAACUUCUAGCUAUUGUCUUUAGCUUUGAGAAGUUCAGGUCUUAUCUUCUUGGAACAAAGGUAGUGGUAUACACUGAUCAUGCAGCCAUUCGGUAUCUCAUCUCAAAGAAGGAUUCUAAACCAAGACUAAUUCGCUGGGUUCUAUUACUCCAAGAAUUUGAUGUGGAAAUUAAAGAUCGGAAGGGCACAGAAAAUCAGGUAGCUGAUCAUUUAUCCCGACUGGAAGAUCACAGCAAACAAACCACCGACAACACACUAAUCAAUGAAUUCUUCCCAGAUGAACAGUUGUUUGAAGUUGAGGCAGAAGAGCCAUGGUUUGCUGACAUUGUAAAUUAUCUGGUGAGUAAGAUCAUUCCUCCAGAAUUCUCUUAUGCUCAACGCAAGAAAUUCCUUCACGAUAUAUUUGAUGUUUGGGGUAUCGACUUCAUGGGACCGUUCGUUUCAUCUUGCAACAACCAGUAUAUUCUAUUGGCAGUGGAUUAUGUGUCUAAAUGGGUGGAGGUAAAAGCUUUACCUACAAAUGAUGCUAAGGUGGUCUUGCAAUUUCUUCAAAAACAAAUCUUUACCCGUUUCGGAGUCCCUAGGGUCAUUAUCAGUGAUGAAGGCUCUCAUUUCUGCAAUCGGAAAUUCACAACCUUGAUGACGAGGUAUAAUAUCAAUCACCGGGUUGCUACUGCUUAUCAUCCUCAAACGAAUGGUCAAGCUGAAGUGUCUAACAGAGAGAUCAAACGCAUAUUAGAAAAGGUGGUUAACCCUUCUAGAAAAGAUUGGUCCUUACGAUUAGAUGAGGCUGCUUGGGCUUAUCGAACAGCUUACAAAACACCGUUAGGUACUUCUCCAUUUCAGCUAGUGUUUGGGAAAGCUUGUCACUUACCAGUAGAGUUGGAACAUAAAGCUUAUUGGGCACUAAAGAAGUUGAAUUUCGACUUACAGUUAGCUGGAGAAAAACGCAUGAUUCAACUCAAUGAGUUGGAAGAGUUUCGCCUCCGUGCUUAUGAAAAUAACAAACUCUACAAAGAAAAGGUGAAAAGAUUGCAUGAUCAGCGGCUGAUACAAAAAUCGUUUGUGGUUGGUCAAUUGGUUCUACUGUAUAACUCUCGGUUGAAGCUAUUUCCAGGGAAACUCAAAUCACGCUGGUCGGGACCAUUUACAGUCAAGACGGUAUUUCCCCAUGGUGCAGUAGAAAUCUAUGCCAAAUCACCGGAUGAAUCAUUUAAAGUUAAUGGUCAACGGUUGUAA